CUUAUUUUAUUAACCAAUCAGAUAUUUAUUGUAGUUCACUUUUAAAAAUGAUUGGUUAAUUUACUUUUUAUCAUUAAAUAUUUAAUGUUAAAUCACUUGAUUUAAUGUUACUUACAAAAUAUUGUGCAUUGCAAGAACCUUAAAUAAUCCAAUCUAUAUAAUGACUUAUCAUUGGUUGAUUAGUAUACAAAUCUCAUUGUUAUUUGUUAACUGCUUAUGUAAUGGAUCAGAAUGGUCUUAUUCAAAUGUAUUAACUGGACCGGAAACAUGGAAUCACCACUACAAAAAUAUGUGUUCGGGUUAUUAUCAAUCGCCAAUUGAUUUGAAAUCAGAUAUAUCUAUACUUGAUUUACGAUUAAAAACUGUGGUAAUUUAUCGAAAUACAUCAGUUGCUGAGACCACUACAAUUACAAAUAAUGGUCACUCAGCUGAUGUUACAUUUUCACAAAACACUUGGUUUAUAUCAUUUGAUGGCUUACGUGACUUUAAAUAUGAAAUUGCAAAAAUGCAUUUUCACUGGGGUAAUACUGAUGAUCGUGGAUCUGAGCAUACUAUUGAUGGAAUUAGAUUUCCUUUAGAAGGACAUAUUGUAUCGUUUCGAAAAGAGAUGUAUUCUUCACUCCAGGAAGCUAUCGGUCGACCAGGUGGACUGGCUGUUCUUGGUAUCAUGCAUAAUAUUGUUGAAUCAAUAAAAUCUAACCAAACAGUGUUCAAGGCAUACAACAGUUUUUCUGGUGUACUGAAUUCACAAUUCGCUCCUCCAAAUGCUUUGACAGUUGAUAAUAUGAAUUUAUCGCUAAUUCUAAGCUUCUUGAAUCCUAGUCGUUAUUUUCGCUAUUUUGGUUCACUGACAACUCCACCAUGCACAGAAAAUGUUCUUUGGACUGUUUUUAUGGAUCCAGUGCCAAUUACACGUGAACAGGUUAAUCUAUUUCGUAGUUUACCUUAUGGUCCAAAUGAAAUACAAACUACUAUGGGUGAUAAUUUUCGUCCUAUUCAACCAUUAAAUCCACCCGAAACACUUGCACCACGUUCUCUAUAUCGAGCUACAGCAUCACGUCUUUCAUUAUUAUCUAUACCAGGUUUAUUAUGUAUCAUGUUGACCAGUCAACUUACUGUGAUAUUUUCUUAAUUCAUUUAAUUCAAAACUAUUUAUGUCUGAUAUAUUUAGCUUCUUCUAGACCAAAAUUAUUGCGCUUUCAUUCUUUGAAUUAAAAACAAAAAGAGGAUACUUACCCAUACUACUUUGUAGAGUAAAUUUUCUCGUUUUAUUUUUUUCUUUAUUUUUUUUUAAAUUUCUCAUAUUUUGUAAAUAACUUGGUCAUAUUCCAAAAUAUUUUGAAGAUGUGUUAUAUUUGGCUUGAUUUCACAUCAUAAUGUUUAUCUUAUUAGAUUAAUAUGAUUAUGCCAUAUAUGUAUCUGUAAGAGUUCCUUGGUCAAUAGCCUCAUUAGUUACUGUCCACUACUUCUAGCUCUUAAUUAGUUGGUUAAUAUUUUCCUUUACAAGAUUCAAGAUGAAGUGGAAAAAAAUAUUAUGUAUUCAUGAUUCAUUCAUUGUAGUUAAUUAUCAAUGAAUAAUAAAAAAGAAAUGACAUUUCAUCUAAUGACUUUAUUUUGUUGAGAUUUUGUAAUUCUCUUUUAUUUUUACCUGAAAUUUGGUUACGAAGCAUAUUGUAAGCCAAUACAAUAGGUAGGAGGAAAGUAUAUUUAUUGUAAAAAGUUACAAUUUAU